UGGCGUCACUGCGCUGCCAGCUGAUCGGGAGGAGAAGCCGGUAUGAGGGGAGUUGAAGCGGAGACUCAGGACGCAGCGAUAUGUGGGCUAGAUUGUGAAAUUUAGGACGUAAGACUAAUGGUGUCGUGUUUAAGUGGAGUAAUUAUAUUGUUAGUGAUUUCUGUAACACUGUUGAGUUGUCUUGAGUAGGUUAGGAUUAGAUAUUUUAGCUGAGUCGCGCUUUAGCUCUUUGAUGUCAGGAGUGAUUUGAGGUUAAGGUGUGGCUUUCAGCUAAAGGACGAAUUACUUAAAUUGUAGCAGAGUUUAUAUUUGAUUCUUCGACGUUUAGCCUUUAUUUACAGUCAGAGUGAGACAUUAAAGUGGGUGAGAGAUAGGCUACUGGAAAUGGGAUCGGGGCAUGACCCAGGUCAGAAUCGAACUUGAGUUCCCAAUGAGCUUUUAAAUGUCGUAUGUGCGCUGCCUUGUGCGCCAGAACUGUGCCUGAACUGAAUCAUGAGGGUUUUAACGGUUUUCGCGAGGAUUUGAUACGCGUGUCACCGGGGGGAUAUUUAAAUCCAGGAAGCGUUCGGUUACACAACGGAGGCCAAUCGUUCGACAUUCGUUCUAACUUUUCGGAAGUGCGUGAACCCACUUCAGAACGAAUGGAAUCUGUUACAUUCCAUUGGAAGAGAUCGCGAGAGCGCUCGGUUCAGAGUUGAGCCGUACAGGGCGUGAGCCGUACGCUAGUAGACAGUCUGUAGGCAGAAUGAGGGGGGAAAAAACCCCAUUGCGAAAAUAAAGGAUGUUACGCCAGUUUUAUGUGAUAUCUGGGAGUCGAACCGCUUUCCAGCGUGACAUACGAAUCGGUCGACGAGAGAAAUCAAGAAUUCUACCAGUGAACCUAACAUCUGGAGUGGAGACCUCCGUUUCAACAGUAUGGCAUUGUGGAUUUCUUCUUACGUCUGAAUGGCGUCCGACUGCUGAAGCAGGGGCUCGGCACGGGCAGUGCUGCAACACACUCGUUGCGAUCCAGCUGUUGGCCACAUGUGUGUGAUGGGGUCAUUGAGUCCAUACCCGGCUCUACAUCAUAUCCUUUCUUUCAGAGUUCCUAAGGACCACCAUGUUGGGAUGAACAGUAGGCGGCUGAAGAACCUCGGCUUUGUCCAGAAGGUUCUAGGCUCUUCUGGUUGUGGAUGUAGGGUGAAGAUGCUGAGGAAAGCCCUUCUGUGGACGAGAAGGUGGGGCUGCUGGCCCUAAUCCUGUUAUCCCAGCCUUCUUAAUCCAGAUCCAGUCAGUCUUUACACCUCUUCAGUCACACAAAUACAAACACACUUCCAAUAAAUACAAAUACAUCACAGACAUCAUGGAGGGCAUCAUGAUGAUGGGUGUUGAAGGGAUCAAGAAAACCAUCUUGCAUGGAGGGACCGGUGAGAAGCCUAAAUUUGUCACAGGAAGCGUCACUGCAUCUAUAACAGUAGAAACUGUUCCAGGAUGUGACGUUCCAUUUCCGCACUGAGCUCUGCAAUGAUGAGCGUACAGUGAUCGAUGACAGUAAGAAGGCAGGUAUGCCCAUGGAAAUGGUGAUCGGGAACUUGUUUAAACUGGAUGUCUGGGAGAUUCUGCUCAUGUCCAUGCACAUAGGGGAGGUGGCUGAGUUCUGCUGUGACGUCAUUCACACAGCAUCCAAUAGUGACAAAUUGUAUCCAAUAGUGGCAAAGAGUCUGCGGCGUAUCGCAGUGGGGAAAGAUCCAGUGGACUGGCACAUUCACACCUGCGGCAUGGCCAACAUGGUUGCCUACCACAGCCUGGGCUAUGAUGAUUUGGAUGAGCUUCAGAAAGAACCACAGCCUCUUUACUUUGUAAUGGAACUUCUGAAGGUACAGCAGCCCAGUGAGUAUGACAGAGAGUCCUGGGCUCUGAAUGAUGAGGAGAGGCUGAAAGCGGUACCUGUGCUCCAUGGUCAAGGGAACAAGCUCUUCAAACAGGGCCGAUAUGAUGACGCCACACUGAAAUAUAAGGAAGCCAUUAUGUGCAUUAAGAAUGUGCAGACAAAGGAAAAGGCAUGGGAAGCUCCCUGGCUGAGACUGGAGAAGAUGGCCAACACACUCACUUUAAACUACUGUCAGUGUCUGCUGCUCAUGGAGGAGUACUAUGAGGUCAUUGAACACACAACUGACAUCAUCAACCAGCACCCUGGGGCAAUGAAAGCCUUCUAUCUCCGUGGAAAAGCCCACAUGGAGGUGUGGAAUGAAGCUGAGGCCAGAGAUGAUUUCAUGAGUGUCCUGGAUCUGGACCCAGGCAUGAAAAAGACAAUCAAGAAAGAGCUUGCAGUUCUCAAAAUGAGAAUGGAGUUAAAAAAUGAGGAGGACAGACUGAAAUACAAGGGCAUGUUCACAAAAAUGGCGAGAGAGCAAGAGUCAGAGCUGGAGAAUCCAGAUCAAGAGAUUCCAGAGCAAAUGUCUCCAGAACAAGAAACAACUGAAGUUCAGAGGAAGCAUCGCUAGAGCAAACAGGUGAAGAACAAGCAAAUUCAACGCAAACAUCUCCAGAGCAAAUAACUUCAGCACAAGAAGUUACACAAGACAUUGUUUCACAAGAAGAAACAUCUACUGCACUAUCAAGUUCUGAUCAUGAGAAACCAGAACAAUCAGAAUGUGACUCCAGAACAAACUACCACAGAAGAAGCUACUCCAGAACAGUUAGACGCAGUAGAAAUGUUUCUGGAGCAAUUCGUU